ACUUGCCGCACCUGCGCAUUAAAGUUGUUUGAUGUAGCUCGAAUGAGCCUGGCUCUAACUUGGCCUCGCCAAAGGCCUGUUAGCGACGAAUUUUAUCUGGAUAUUCGCUUUUAGAUUGGCAAUAAGAAUGUCUCAUCACCGGUGCUAUGUAUAGACCUAUUUUGUAACCUCUGAUGUUCGAUAAUUUAAGCGUGAUCUGUGAUAGUGCAAUUCCAGGGUAAGCCUCGGGAAAAGUCGCCAUUUCAAUUUUCAUUCCGAAAGCUUCAUCCCAAAGACUGUAUAACUAUAUCAUCUUGCCUUAGAAUUCAUCAUUUUGUGUAUAAUACUUGUUGUUGCCAAACUGAAAGAAUUUCACUGCCUCUUAGGUAAAAAAAUCUCAAAUUACUUUGCUGCCAUAGGUUGUGUUGUGAUUGAUUGUGACUUACUACUCAUUGUGUGAUAAUUAGCCAAACAGAUUGUUACCUCAUUACAUUUGACCACAUAUUUUCUAAUGAAAAAUACUAAAGGAACACCUUUGGAUAAUAAAAGAAAUGUGUGUUGUGAAUCAUUCCUAAGGUACACAACACAGUAGUGAAUUUAUACCAGUGCAACGAAUUACAGAUUUGGUUUUAAAUAGUGCCAAAGUACAAAUGCAAUCUGCAUUGAAGAAACCAGCCUUGCCAGCCACUACCCCUGGGAAUGUGAGUAAUUGGAAUGCCAGCAGUAGUUGGGGAUCAGGGGGUAGUGGAGGUGAAGGUCGAGAUGAUGACGAUGGAGGCUGGAGUCAGGGACCGCCAGCCUCUGGAAGUGGAUGGACCAGUAAGUACACAACUGGUGCAGGAGCCUCCAAUGGUUCCAGUCAUAAUUUAUUAGACUGGCAGAAUUCUACUGAAGUUGGCUCUGGCUGGCAAGUACCAACCUCGCAAAAUAUAAUAGUGGAUAGGAAUGAUAAGGAGGCAUGGCCGUCCAUUGGAGGUGAUCAUUCCGAAACGACAUCUGAAAAUGACAAUGUCUCUGUCAAAUCAGAAUCUGUGAUAUCUGUCAGUAGUUUUGGCCAAGAGAGCACAAGCAACAGUGCCGGGUCAAGUGCCAUUCAGGUCCCAACUUCUUCCAGUCUAUGGAGUUCAGGUUCUACUUACCCGGUUUCAGAAUCCACUUCCUGGGACUAUGGAAUCGGUACCCCAUCCACAGCAGCUUCGACUGGAGGAUGGAGCAGCACCAAUACUAGUCUUUCUAAAGCCAACCAAGGGCCAAAUAUGCAAGGUGCAACAGUAGCCCAUGGCACUGGCGAGAGCCCAGCAAUCACCACAUCCUCUGGAUGGGGCGCUGGAACCCCUGGACCUCUCCCCCAGGGACCAAACUCAAAUCUGGGAGGGAAUAAGCCACAAAGUGCAGUACAAGUACCACAGUCAUUGGCAAGCAGUAUUGGAAAUGGCACCAGUGCUCAAGCAAUCUCACAGCAACGUUUAAUCACAAGUCAGUCUUCUAUCGGGUCACAGGGCAUCAGUGCAUUUCAGAAUAGUUCCAAGUCUCCAGUGGACAACUGGGGAAGCGUAGGCUCUCAAGUUCCAGGGAAUGGAACCGAUGCAGGUAAAGGGAACAGUGGCAAUAAUGGACAAGCUCAAUCCAUGGUCAGUGGUCAAUCCAUGGUUAGCGGUAGCGGUCAGUCCAUGGUUAGUGGUUGGGGAACAUCAACUGUAGAUGCCAGUAAAAGUGCAGCUGACAAAUGGCCAAUAAGAAAUCCAAGCACAAGUGAAGAUUGGGCGAAUCCAACCACCCCUGGAUCACAAUGGGGCACUCAGAUAACUCCCUCCAGAGCCGGAUCUGCUCCACAAUGGCCUGGUGCUAGCAGUGCUUUGCCAGCGAGUGGACAGAACCAAAAUCCAGCUAGAUCUCAACCAACCUGGGCCCAGGCAGCUGGAAAAGGCCUUAAUACAAAUCCCUCCAACACGAGUCCAAGUGCAACUGCUGCUGCAAAUUCUGAACCCAAUGAAUACGACAAAGCUAUCGUUUCUGCUAUAGAAAGCCAUGAUGGAUGGGGAAAGAAACCAGUUAAUCAAGGUUCCUCUUGGGCACUGGAUACUUCUCCAAAACUCAGACGUAAAGGAUCAACCGCAACCAAUGCAUUGCCAGAAAAGUCCAGCACAAUGUCAGCUAGCCAAGGAGCCCAAGGUGGAAAUGGCAAUAUGUGGAACAACAACAAUGGUACUGCUAUUUGGGAAUCCAAUAAAGAGCCACCCCCAUCUGGACAAUGGAACAACAGUGUUGACCCCAACCAAUGGAGUGGGGUGUCAAUGAAACCAAUCACAAAGGACCCAGCUAAUUCCUGGGCUGGAGGGCAAGCCAAAGAACCACAAGAGUCCAGUCAAUGGGGUUCAAAGACAGAAACUGGAUCGUGGGGGAAUUCUGGCGAGGCCGGAGGGAUUUCGACUUGGGGUGAGGGACAAUCCCGGGGCACAGGAGAAGUAGAUGAUGGCACUGCUGUUUGGGGUAAUCCAGGUCCAAAUGCUCAGAAACCUCC